AUGAUAAUAACCCCAGAGUACCAUACUAUACAUAAGACCAGCCCUUCUUCAGAUCUAUAUAAGACAAACCUUACUUCAGGUCACAAUAGGACCAACCCUUCUUCAGGUCCAAAUAAGACCAGCCCUUCUUCAGAUCUCAAUAAGACAAACCUUACUUCAGGUCCCAAUAGGACCAACCCUUCUUCAGGUCCAAAUAAGACCAGCCCUUCUUCAGAUCUUAAUAAGACAAACCUUACUUCAGGUCUCAAUAGGACCAACCCUUCUUCAGGUCCCAAUAAGACCAGCCCUUCUUCAGAUCUCAAUAAGACAAACCUUACUUCAGGUCGCAAUAGGACCAACCCUUCUUCAGGUCCCAAUAAGACCAGCCCUUCUUCAGAUCUCAAUAAGACAAACCUUACUUCAGGUGACAAUAGGACCAACCUUUCUUCAGGUCCAAAUAAGACCAGCCCUUCUUCAGAUCUCAAUAAGACCAGCCCUUCUUCAGAUCUCAAUAAGACCAACCCUUCUUCAGGUCCCAAUAAGACCAAUCCUUCUUCAGGUCCCAAUAAGACAAACCCUUCUUCAGAUCUCAAUAAGACAAACCUUACUUCAGAUCUCAAUAAGACAAACCUUACUUCAGGUCACAAUAAGACAAACCUUACUUCAGGUCACAAUAGGACCAACCUUACUUCAGGUUUCGAAAAGACCAACCCAUCUUCAGGCCCUAAUUUGUCCAGCUUAUGA